AUUUACUAUUUGAGACAGUAGUUAUGGUACGGUAUAUCAGUUUAUGAUAUAUAUCAUAUAGUAGCUUAUGGGGGCUUGUAUUGAGAAGGCGUGCGUAAAAGUGGUACUCAUAUACCAUACCAGUGCUCAGCGCUCAGUCACAUCACAGCCACAGCCCUUCUAUCGAUUGUCAGUGCAUUCCAUAGCUUAUAGAGAGGAACAGGCAUUUAAAGGGGAAAUGACAUUCAAUGCAAUGCUUUAAUAACGGAUAAAUGUGUCCAAACAUUGCUAAUCAUAGAUGUAAUGGACCCGUGCUACUCAUGCCUACCUCCCAAUGCCCACUGUACCCACCAUCACAAUACAUGUGCUGAUGUAGAUGAUAAUUUGCAAUUGAUACGUGAAGUCUAUUUAUAGACAAAUUGAUGUUAAUGUGUGCUGAACUCAGUGACACUUUGAAAGCAUCAAUAAGUGUGUGAAGUGGUUUGGGCGCACCGUUUGACAGGAAACUGGAAAUCGCAUCGAACUGACCGUCGCUUCAAUCAGAAGACAUGAACGAAUUGGAUAGUCUUAGACAGGAAGCAGAGACACUCAAGAAUACCAUCAGAGAUGCGCGGAAGGCAGCGUGCGAUACGACUCUGGUUCAGGCGACGGCCAACAUGGAGCCCGUGGGGAGGAUCCAAAUGCGCACCAGACGGACACUUCGCGGCCAUUUGGCCAAAAUAUAUGCCAUGCACUGGGGAUCAGACUCCAGUAGAUACCUGGUAUCGGCCUCACAGGAUGGCAAGUUGAUUGUAUGGGACGCCUACACUACCAACAAAGUUCACGCCAUUCCUCUGCGCUCCAGUUGGGUCAUGACAUGUGCUUAUGCGCCAUCCGGUUCUUACGUGGCUUGUGGUGGUCUCGAUAACAUCUGUUCCAUUUAUAGUCUUAAGACCAGAGAGGGGAAUGUUCGCGUUAGUAGAGAACUUCCCGGACAUACAGGAUAUCUGUCCUGUUGUCGAUUUUUAGAUGACAACCAAAUCGUCACCAGUUCUGGAGAUAUGACUUGUGCUCUUUGGGACAUUGAAACUGGACAACAGUGCACAUCAUUUACAGGCCAUACGGGCGAUGUUAUGUCGCUUUCAUUAUCACCUGAUAUGCGAACAUUUGUUUCCGGAGCCUGUGAUGCUUCCGCAAAAUUAUGGGACAUAAGGGACGGAACAUGUAAGCAAACAUUUCCUGGACACGAGUCAGACAUCAAUGCGGUUACGUUUUUCCCGAACGGAUACGCAUUUGCUACGGGUUCUGAUGACGCCACGUGUCGAUUGUUUGAUAUACGUGCAGACCAAGAGUUAGCCAUGUAUUCACACGAUAACAUCAUUUGCGGUAUUACUUCCGUUGCAUUUUCAAAGAGUGGUCGACUAUUGCUCGCUGGUUAUGAUGACUUCAAUUGCAAUGUCUGGGACUCUAUGAAAGCUGAACGCGCAGGUGUUCUCGCUGGCCAUGACAACCGAGUCAGCUGUCUUGGCGUUACUGAAGAUGGUAUGGCAGUGGCCACCGGUUCGUGGGAUAGUUUCCUCAAGAUCUGGAAUUAACUAUAAGAUAAUCAUAAGAUUGUUAAUGAUUUAAAUAUUACACACAAUUUAUUGAUCAAAACAUUGAAGUGAAAUGUCUACAGUGUGUUUAUAAACAAAAUAUUGUGAAUGACUGAUAAACCAUAGCAUAUAAUAACUGGCGUUAUAUUCAUCGAAAUCUAUAUAUAUAUUCAUUUAUAUAUAGACUUAAGUUAUCAUUUCUUAACUGUUUUAUGAAAAAACUUUAACAAAAGGACUUGACUUCACUUUUUGAUGUAAGCCUUUAAUACAGUUCAUCCUUUUGGAUGUACACUAAAAAUCCAUUUUAAACGCAAUUCUUAUAUAUUAUUAUUAUUAUUAUUAUUAUUGAUAUCACUGAUUAUUAUUACCGAAAAAUUGGCUAAAACUUCGGCUCAUUUCAUAAUCAAUAUCAUUAUUACAAUUAUUAUUAUGUAAUGAUUUUUAACAUAUGGCAAAACCAACGCUAAAUCAUUUGAAUAUAUGGUAAAUCAGUUUUAGUUGUGUUCGCCUCUCAUAUAACAGACUGUAAAACAAAUUGAAUAUAUAUAUUAAGUUAUCACUUCAUCAGCACCUCAUUCAACAAAAUUAUGCUUUGAAUAUGAAUUAUGAUAUAUUUGAAUAUACAGUAUAUAUAUAUGAUAUACAUGUAUGUAUUGAAUAUAUUAUUUAAUAUAUGGAUAACAACAAGUGAUUCACCACUAAAACCAUUAUAGGAAAACUUGCAACUCUACUGCCAUUAUUAUUACAAUUAUAUUAAAAACAUUUAUAUGACAAAUGGAUGAACAGUAUGUGUGCAUUCAUUAUAAACAAUGAAUGGUUACUUAAUAUGGAGAUGAGUGGCGCAUACGAACCAAACCCAACUACACGACCGAAGACCACAGUCAUCAUCAUUAGCCACAUUUGAAUCAAUUGUAUUGAAUUUUAUAGUGAUUGCACACAAUACUCGUUAAUAUGACUGAAAAAGUUAUUGAAUUAUAUGAUAUGGAUGUGUGGCAUAAGAUUCCUUAAUUAUAUACAAUAGGGUCGCAAUUUGUUUGUUUUAUACUAUAUAUCAACUAAAUUGCUAUCAAAUAAUAAUUAGAUUUUUAUUUCAAAGCAUUUAUUGUGCCAUCAAUUCAAUGUUUUAUAGUUAAUUGUCUAAAUAAUUUAAAGUAUUAAUUUGUAUUAUAAGCCUAAAGUAAAUCAAGAAAUUGUUAAAAUGUUUUUAUAUCACAACUGAUGACCAUUUGUUUUCUAGUCAAUCAGUUUUUCAGUUGUAUAAUCCCUUACUCUUGACAACUCCCGUAUCAAACUAAUCAUCUCUUUGUUUUCUAUGCUUUUUUGUAUUAACAAAUGGUUUAUAUAAUAAUAAUAAUAAUAAGUAAAAACAUUUGAACGAUAAAAAUCGCAUCAAUUGAUUGGUUUUAUAUAUUGAGGAAUAUAUACAUAUUAUCGGUGAUGUGUCUUAUUAUGCACACAAUUUAAUUAAAAUUAAUAACAAACAAUGAGUCGAUUGUUACAAACAAUAUAUUUAAAUAAUAAACAAAACAAAAUGACAAUUUUUAUUAAAUAUAUUUUAAAAGAAAAACAAUUGUAAUAUAAAUGUAUGAAUAUAUUGGCACAAAACAAAAGCAGAGACCAAUUGAAGAGAUGAACAGUCGGGAACUUGUAGUGCAUUACUUGUGCGUCAAUUAAAAUGAUUGUAUUAUUUGUUUAUAUGCCGUAACAUUUGAUGUUAACUUAAAAUUGCUCUCAAAAAUACAAAACAAAAUUUGAUGUAUUGUAUACAUAAAAACAUGAUUUAAUUACUUUUAUCUUUCUAUUUAAAAGCAAACAAUUUUAUCGCCAAUUUAUCCAACAAUUUGAGCCCCUGUUGGGUGAAUUGGCUAUGAAAUUGAUACCUAAAUUAUAAAACUCCAUUAGGCGGGUUAGGACUGUUAGCAUUGCUACUAAUGGUCAUGUAGUUAACAAAUUGAAUGUUUUUUAUUGUAUUAGUUACUACUGAAUGGCGACACAAAGUUGAAAGCAAUCCUAAACUCUCUGAGCCUGAGGUCAGCCCCGCCUCAGGCUUUGACAGUAAAACAUUUACACAUUUUGUAAUAUAUUUAUUAUAAAGAUUGCGCUCAACUUUUUGCUCAACAAUUUAGUAGUGACUUAACAACUAAUUAAUAAGUCAUUUCAAAAAAUUUAAAUUGCAUUAAAUUUGCAUCUCUUCCGCUC